GCGAGUGACUCCAUCAUGGCGGAUACGAAAGUGAGAUAGUUUAACACGAAAGUUGAAGUAAGACAAGGAAAGAAAUAUUUCCCAUCCAUCUUUUAUUUCCUUUAGUUGUCUAAUACAAAUCUAACCUAAAAAUUGUUUUCGAAACUGAUAAAAAGUGACAGGCACCAGAUAGUAUCAGUUUGAUAUUAAAUUAAAGCAAUAAUUAAUAAAUGUUUAUGUUAGGUACUAUAUUAAUAAAGCCAUAAACAAUUAAGAUGCCCCAAACAUGGUCUUUGAGAAAUCUUUGCAACAACACUGAAAUUAAAAUUGAAAAAUCUGUUUUAACGGUGGGAAGACAUAAAUCCCACGACAUCGAAUGUAGAAAUAGCGCCAUUUCGAGGAAUCAUGCAGAAAUCUUAACUGUAGGGGAUGAUUUAUUUAUUAAGGCUCAUGCGAGCCUCAAUGGAACAUAUUUAAACGGCCGUCGGUUGGAUAAUUUGGAAACUGCUAAAUUAACAGACAAAGAUUUGUUAAAUUUUGGCUUUUUUAUACAUCCACUUUGUGAUCAAACCAUAAACCAUUAUUGUUACACAGUUAUAAGCCAUCCAAUAACUAUGGAAAUCAACACUAGUCAACAACUCUUAAACAUACUUGAAGGUAUAGAUGAAGGUGAAUCAUCUGUUAAUCAAAAUAAUGAAGCCAAAUCAUCACCAUUAUAUUCAAAUAAAGAUGAAGUGAUUUAUAUUGAUGAUGAUGAUGAUUUUGAAUUAUAUUCUCAAAGGGCGUUUAAUGAUAGAAUUAAAUCAGAACCAGUUGAGUGUAUAGAAAUUUCUGAUUGUGAAAGUGAAGGAGAUGUUUAUAAUUUAGAUGGGUUAAAAGCAAUGAUGGAUAAUAUUGUUUCUGUUAAGCUUGAGAUAGAUGAAGAUGUUAAUGAGAAUGUUGCAGAACCUUGUGAUCAAAAUCAAAUAGGAGAUUCUAAUGAAAAACCGAAUGAAAUAGAAAAUUUAAAUGAAAAGAAUAAAGAUAUACAAUUAAAUGGAAAAUUUGUUGAUAGAUCGUUUAUUACACCAAUGAAACAUCCCAAAAUCAUCAUUACUUCACCCCAUAUUGAAGUGAAUGAGAAAAAAAGAAGGAAAAGUGUUGAAGUUAAUCACAAAGGAAAGAAACAAAAAGAUGAAGAAGAUAAAAAUAGGAAAACAAGAAGAAAAAGUAUGGAUGUUGAUAAAGUUAUUGAAGUGAAUGAGAAAGGAAGAAGGAAAAGUGUUGAACUUAAUCACAAAGGGAAGAAACAAAAUGAUGAAGAAGAUAAAAAAAGGAAAAUGAGAAGAAAAAGUAUGGAUGUUGAUAAAGUUAUUGAAGUGAAUGAGAAACUAAGAAGGAAAUCUGUUGAUGUUAAUCACAAAGCAAAAAAACAAAAAGUUGAAAAUAAAAAUUCUAAAACAAGAAGAGAAAGUAUGGAUGUUGAUAAAGUGAAUGAUGUGAUAAGGUCUCUUAUUAAUGAUGUUAAUGAGAAGAAUAAAAGAAGGAAAAGUGUUGAUGAUAAUUUGAAUAAUAAGCAUAAAAAUGGAAAAAUUAAAUGUGUAGAUAUAAAUAAAUUAAGUAAUGGAUUACAAGAAGUUGCAAAGGAUCCAAAUCAAAGUAAUGGUUCCCAUAAAAAUGGUGAAUUCAAAGAACCCAGUGAGAUAGUAAGAAUUCCCAAAAAAAUUUCAUUCCGUAAUCUUGAAAAUCCAACUCCAUCAACUUCGAAUUUAAAUUCAUUUAAACCUACAAGAAAUUCUACAAUAACAUCAUGGGGUGAUGUUCCUAAAGACUCUUACCUUGCAUUGUUAAAAGAUGGAGCAAGAAAUUUUAUUUACCCCAAAAAUAAUAAUAAUAUUAAAACUCCACAAAAUAAUUUAUGCAAUAAAUCCACGAAAAUUUAUAACGAUUCGAUGAAAGAGAACUCGAUUCAAUUAACAAACUUCAACGAGCGCCCGAAAGAUCCUCGAUUAAAUCAAAGAAAUAAUUCAACGAUUAAUGACUUACCAACAAUUUCUAAAGGAAAUCAUCCCGUUAUAAGCGAAUCAACAAAUUAUCAACGCCGGAAUUUACAUUCAAUUAUUAAUAAACCUUCGUUCCACAUGGUUUUAGCACUCCUUUGUUGGAAUGUAGAUUGGUUAGAGGAGUGCAAAAUAGUACAAAAACCUCCACCAAUUAUUAAAAAUAACAUCGUAAAAAUGUGCACGCUUUUCAAUACCUACAAAGAUUAUUGCAACGUUGUUAAACCGUUCAUUAUGUUGGAGUUAUGGGAUCAUUUAUGUAGUGGAUACACAAUGAAUGCAACGAAAUUUAGGAGUAAAAGAUUUGUUACGAAUAUUAAUGAUGUAACUAAACACGAUCGUUACCAAACUUUACGUUGUAUAGGAUAUUUAAACGGUCGUGAACAGAAAGAUUUUCCUAAAGAAGGCGAUAUUAUUAUGACGCAUUUAGGAGUUAAACCUCACAACACCACCAAACAAACCGCCUUAAAAUGUUUAUUUGCUUAUGUAGUUUCAUGUAAAAAACGGCAUUUAAAAUCAACUAUUUGUACUAAUGAGAUUUCAUCACAAUUCGAUAUUAAUCUUAUUAUAAAACCAUUCCCCGAAGAAAUUCUUUUAGCCAAAUCCGCAGAUGCUAUGAUUAUUACGAAUGUAACAUCUAUUUUGCGGGAAUGCAAUGCUUUAAUGUUAUUGGAAAAUUCGCAAGUUUUUAAACUACUUCUCAGUCCAAUAAUGGAAAGUUUUGUUGUUAAACGAAACGAAGAAAUUGUUCUUAAAGCAAAGGGAUUAUCUGAAAAGCAAAUGCUCGCUGUACAAGAAGCGUGCACUUUAUGUAUCGGAAAUAGUCCUGGUCUUUACAUGAUUCAGGGUCCUCCUGGAACUGGAAAGACCACUGUUAUCCAGCACAUAAUUGAAACUUUAGUCCGGCUUAAACCUGACAUCAAAAUUUUGGUUGUUGCGCCUUCUAAUGUUACAGUUGAUGGAAUUAUUAGGAAAUUGAUUGGCUUUAGUUUGAGGGAAGACUUUGUAAUUAACAUCAAAAAGAACGAGUUUGCUAGAUUCGAAGAUAUAUGGGUGAGACCUGCAUUUAAAACUUCUUCUCAAAGCCCGAUCUCCACAGAUUUUGUAACAGCAGAAGAGAAAUGA